GGCUAGCGCCGAGCCAGGCAGGCAAACCGGUCUUUCUUCUUCCACGACUCCCGUGCGCCCCGCUCCACACAGCGCCCUUCCAGGCCACCGCCGCUGACGCCGACGUGGAGGAACGCCUCACAGCUUUCACGGAGAAAGCUUGGACAUUUCCCCCCCAAACCACCACCACCUGCAACUCUUCUGCUCACGAGUGAGUGGCAACAAGUGACAUGUGAGGAGUGUCGGGAGACCAAGGCCCUGACGACGAUGUCGACGACGUGAACUACUCGUCGGGCAAGCUAAGCUUUGUAUCGCGGGGGUCUUCCUGCACGGCAACGUGACAAGGCGGUGUCAACGGACUUCUCGAUUCUGAGAGAACGCCGGAGGGUCGUCGGACAUGGCCAUGUUUUAUUCGGGCACCUCGAUGCGCCGGCUAGGCCUCGCUCCGCUGUCAGUGGCGGUGGCAGUGCUUGCAGUGGUUCUGCUUCCUUCACUGGCUGAAGGCCGUCGCACAUCGCACUGUUACGUGUGCCGCUCCAGGAGCCAGCUGGGCGACUGUCGGGACCCAUUCCCCUACAACGAGACCACGGUCGAAGGCGUGCGAGGGGUCGAGGCCUCGCCUUGCGCCUCCAAGUGGUGCGGCAAGCUUGUCGAAGGAAGGGACGACGAUUUCGACCUAGCCACGGAGCGGAUGUGUUUGCAGCGACCCCCCGACGACCAGGAGGAGCGGUGCGCAGAGACUCUUUACCAAAACAGACGCGUCUACAUGUGCUUCUGCCGGGGAGACCUGUGCAACGGGGCCCACAAAACGGCAACCACCGGUACCGCGGCCAUCGCUCUUGCGCUCGCAGCAACCUGGGUCAUCAACUGCGCGUUACCAUUGUGACGAAGGCAGACCUCGCAGGACUUAGAAGGGCGCAAGUACUUCAGAGAGGUCAGCUGAGCCUGGACACAGUUAAGCAUCGAAUACUUUAUACGUGCUCGGAAGUUGUGUACGGCCACGGACAAUUCAAAUACGAAUAGGUUAGGACCUAGCUAAACGUUUCUUUGACCUAGUUGGUUCAUGGCUUCUGAAGAAAAAAAAAAUUGCAGCGCGAAGCAACGCAAGGACAUGCCUGUGUUCUUUGUCUGUCCUUUCAUGACCUUUCGCUACAUUUUUUUUGUCUAAUGUUAAAAAAAGACUAGAACACUUUUUUGCGUCAAUUUGGUUUCACCAGUACACUUAACGUCGUCUUGAUUUCACUUUGCGCACUUAGUGUGGGACCCAAAGAAUGAUGAAAUCCACAUCAUAAUAGCCUAUGCGAGAUAAUGCUUUUAUGUUUUUAUUGGUUGGUUGUUCCACAUCGGUACUGUUUGUUCAUGUUUAAGUUGUCCUUGACUGUACUGGCAACGUCCACUUUCCAUAUAAUGUGGCACAAACACUAGAUGUCUAAAAACGGGCUUUGUUCAACACUCAUUGUCAUUAGAUCGUGUCUGGUACACACAUGCCACAGAGUCAAGACAGCAACCAGACUUAGAGUGAGCGCGCCAAAUUUCUGGCCUCAUUUGCAAGAAUUUGCUGUACAGACACACAAUGUUUGUGUGUGAUGCAAUGCUGACUGUGUUCACUACCGUAAUUGAAUACAAACAAGGUAUAGCGGAGUAAAAAAAAACCUUUGCGUUAAUGACACUGAACACUACGUUGCACUGCUUAUGAGAUAUUGUGGUCUUCUUCUAUACCUCAUGAUUUCCGAGAUACUACUAUUAAAUAUAUAACUAACACUAUACGUGUAGAACACGACAUGCAAAGUACUCGAUAUAGUGAGAGUGUUUUCAUAUCGUCAGAUGAGCGCAAAGCUCACAUAUGCUCAGAACAUACCAGCGUAACUGCUACACAGCGGUCCAUCACUGCCAUCAGUUUCUCACGUUUGGAGAACAUCGUUAUAAUGUAUUUGUUGUUUUGAUAUUAUCGCGUACUCUAAUCUUUGUUGUAUCUGAAAGAUUAAAAUGUUUGUUGUAAGAAAA